AUGCAAAAUAAAUCGAUUCGUAGUGUUGGUGUUCAAGGUGAUGCUCGUACAUAUAGUUUUGCUGCAGCAAUUAGUUCAAAUGAUGAAAAACCCAAUUGGAAUGAAUUAUUUAUUCUGGCUCGAUUGAUAACAAAAGCAUGUCAUCAUAUCAAUCGUGUUGUUUAUAUUCUUGGUAAAAAAAUUCUUGAUGCAGAAAUUACUCAAGUAACACGUACAUCAUUAACACAAGAUAUUGUUGAUAAAGCUCGUGCAUGUGAUUAUCAUGCUAUGGUUAUAAUGAAACAACAUAAUGCAUAUAGUGCAAUAAGUCAAAUGCCAGUUGUUUUAAUACCAAUACAAUUUGAUAGACAAAUCUAUUUAAAUGAUCAUGAAGAAAUCAAUAAAACUGAAGAACAUGUUAACGAAAGAAUCAUUCCUCUUACACGUCUUCGACCAAUAGCUAGUAGUUUUCAACAUUCAGUUGUUUUGCGUACAUUUCUUACAAAAGAUUUUAUGACUGGACGACCAGCUGUACCUGGUGAAACAUUUCCUCUUGAAAUGUUAGAUGAAAUGUGUCAAACAAUUAAAAAUAAUGUACCUGGUAUAAGUCGAAUUUUAUAUGAUUUAACAUCAAAACCACCAGCAACAACAGAAUGGGAAUGA